UCAAAUUCCUUUUUCUUCAUAAAAAGAACAUAAGCUAGUUAAACAAAGACAUUGGCAUGUAUAGUUAUAUAUAAAAACACACUUAAACACUACUUUGGUCUUUAUUGCUUUUAAUGAUUUCUUGAGUGUUUAAGUUGGACCGAUAAUGAGUUGGUUAUCUUUUUUUUGAGUGUUUAAGUUGUGUUCUUGAUUGCUACAAGUUUUUUUUUUCUUUUGUGUGUGUAUGUGAUAGCUUUGUAACAUAGUUUUUAAGUAAUGGGUAAUGUUAAUGGCGGAGACGAAAAAAGAAAACAGCAAGAGGAUUACUACACGCUUCAACCCUCCACGCCUUCUCAGUUUCCUUUGACUGUCACUCCUCAGGCAUCUUUUUCUCCUUCACGAAAUCCUAAUCAGAGUGUGCAGAUCGAAAAGAAUGAGUUCAAUGAGAUAUCAACGCAUUAUAGAUCUGCAGGCCAAGAAAAGAGAAUACCGAUAGUUAUCAAUUGGAUUCAUGGUGGCACACAAGUUGCCAUUGAGGGAUCAUGGGAUAACUGGAUGACAAGGGAGUUAUUAGACGGUUCGGGCAAUGAUUUCUCUAUCGUUAAGGUACUAAAUGUCGGAGUUUACUAUUAUCGUUUUGUUGUUGAUGGGCAGUGGACUUUUGCUCCUGAUCUACCACAUGAGCGCAAUAAUAUGGGGAAUGAAUUCAAUAUAUUGGAGUUGAAGGAUAGUUACCCUGAAAAUGUGGACAGAGAUCAAGAACCCAAAAGUCCUUCUUCACCGGUGUCAAGCUACAACAAUGCAUUGCUCACCUUAGAAGAUUUUGCCGAGAAAUUUCCUGAAUUGCCCCCGUUGCUAGAACAAAUGCCUCUAAAUCAGCGAAUUUCAUCCAAGAACCACCAACAAGCUAUUCAGAAGCCUUUAUCAGCCAAUUUGAACCAUUUGUAUAUAAAGAGAGACAACAACAAUCAACCCAUUGUUGCUUUGAGUUCAUCCCAAAGAUUUCGUACCAAAUUUGUGACAACGGUUCUUUACAAGCCAUUCAAGAAAGGAAGAAAGUAAACAUUUUUUUUCUCUAGAUUCUUGCUUUCUUCUGUUUUUUGUUGGGGAUUUUUUGAAUUUUGUGUCUUUUGAGCUUAUAAAUCAGGACAAAGAUAGGAUCAUAGAAUUUAUCAUUUUUAAGUCUUUUGUUUUUUGUUGGAGAUUUUCUCAAGGUUCGAUCUCUUGAACAUGAUUUUGCAAGUCACUUGUCAUAGA